CCCGUGUUUAAGGUAGUCUGAGUGGAGAAAGUAAAGAAGAUGGAAGGAGCCGAUGUUGUUGAAUUAUUGAGGAGAUUCAUAGAGAAGUGAAGUGAUAGCUGUCACCUCGUCCUGUCGGAACCAUAGAAGACAGCGAUACCAAGGAACUGAAAGAUAGCAUGCCAGUAGAGGCGACUCCACUGCAGAUGAGGGAACAUGUUGGCUAUGGACCAAGGAGUGGUGGAGGAAUGGCUGUCAGAAUUUAAGACCCUUCCUGACAGCGCCGUGUCCACCUACGCUGCCUCACUGAAAGAGAAAGGUUCCCUGGUACCAGCAAUCUACAAGGUCAUCCGAGAAAACUACAGUGACUUGCUGGAGCCAGUCUGUCACCAGUUAUUUGAAUUUUACAGGAGUGGUGAGCCACAGCUGCAGCGUUUCACGCUACAGUUCCUGCCAGAGCUCCUGUGGAGCCUCCUGUCCGUCAGUGCAGCCAGAGAUCCCCACAAUUCCGGUUGCAUCGAGGCCCUACUGCUGGGCAUUUACAACCUGGAAAUAGUUGACAAAGAUGGACAGAGUAAAGUGUUGUCCUUUACGGUCCCUUCGCUCUCCAAACCGUCAGUGUACCACGAGCCCUCAGCCAUCGGCUCCAUCGCUCUAACAGAAGGGGCUCUAGCCAAUCACGGGCUGAGCAGAGUAGUGUACAGUGGGCCACACCUGCAGAGAGAGACCUUCACAGCACAGAACAGAUUUGAGGUGCUGACCUUCCUGCUACUGUGCUACAACGGUGCCCUGAGCUACAUGACGUGCAACUCCCUCCAGUCCCUCUGCCAGUUCAGCUCCAGGGUUUGUAUAUGUGGUUAUCCAAGGCAACAGAUGCGACGAUACAAAGGUAUUAGCACACGGCUGACGGUCACGUCGGAGUUCCUCGUUCAGCUCAUCACAGGGAUACACUAUGCCUUGUGUAAUGGGGAAGUUGAACUGGGAUCCAAAGCACUGGAUGACGUUUUGUAUCGAGCCCAGCUAGAGUUGUUCCCUGAGGCUCUACUGGUGGGCAAUGCCAUCAGGUCGUCGCUGCAUGGCGCGGCACUGAAGAGCAACAACAAGGAGGGUGCACGGAGUAUCCAGGUGGAGAUUACACCGACCUCCUCCAGGAUCUCCCGAAAUGCCGUCACCUCCCUCUCUAUCAGGGGACACCGCUGGAAGAGACACGAUGCUGUGGAUCUGGGUUCCCCGGAUGAGCUGAUGGACAUUUCAGAGGUGGAUGAAGGGGUGUGGCCAGGUGGGGUUGGGCCUGACAUGACCCCACCCACGAUCACUAUCAGCAACAGCAUCACCACGUUGAACCUGGGGGCCAAGGCCAUGAAGAAAUGUCGUUUUGGCGGGCGCAACAGCAAAGACAAGGAGACGAGCCCUUUAACAACUGGCCGGGCUAUCAGUGAGAACAACGAGCACGCUGUCAAGAGACUGACUCUCACCUCCAGCCAGUCGGUGCCUAAGGCAGGAGCUCUCACCAGCCUGACGCGCACCGCCAGCGCCGUCUUCUCCCGCUCCUUUGAGCAUGUGGCUGGCGUUAACGCGCCUCCCUCCACCAACCACAACACCUGCGAAGCUGCUCUCUACUCGUGCAGCCUCCAGGAGGAAGGGUACCUGAGCCCCGAGCCAAACCACACGCAGCGCUCUCCCAGCAUCAGCGUGCACCUCGGCUCUGACCUUUGAACCCUUUGAUACUCCUUACUUCAUGAACCCUCACCUGUGACCCUUUACCUGUGACCUGGAACUCCAAGCCAUGCCAAUUGCAGAAGAACAACAAUGACAUGAACAAACACUCCGUCUGUUUCCUCUGUCGCUCCAUUAAUGACGUGUUUGAUGGUGUGUGGCGUAAACCAGUCUGCUGUUCUGCUCCAUCCAGACAUCCAGAGAGCAUCAGCUACUCUUCUCUUCUUCAGCACAGUCAGCUCCUCUGCGUCUGAUGGAGGCAGCAUGUCAGUGAUACCUCUUCCAGCUUCACAGAUUUUUAUUUUUUUUUUUAAAGUAGUAAACUGUUGCUGUGGAGUUGUACCAGUACAGUCUUGUACUAUCUUGCAGAGCAGCCUGUUGUUAAAUGGGUAAACUCAUGACUAAAAUCUGUGUGGGAAAGUAUUUUCAUAAUGUAUUUGAAUCUGCAUUUGUUGCCCUGCAUGGCUUUUCAUUAUGCCCAUUGUGACUUUGCUCUGGUUUGUCGAAGGGCACGUUUGUGAGUGUGUGAACGUCUGCUUACACACGCACGAGUGGUGUGUACUGUACAGUCUGUUUAUAUAUAUAUAUAUACUGUAUGUUUUUAGAAUAAAGGCUGCUGCUGAUUGAUACAGUGAAUAGGGUAUGAUUCCCAUAUCUGAAACAAGUGUUUCUAAUACUUAAAAAAAAAAAAAAGAAAAAUCAAGAUCUUUUCAUAGCAAUACAAUGAUCUCCCAUACUCCCUGUGUUCACUUUUCUAAUUUGUCAACAGUUACAGCUACAGUAUGCUUCUUUAAAGUGAUCACUAAAUAAUCACGAGUGUGAUAAGAAUCAUUUUUUUAUGUUUACAGUUGCACAGUAUUGUCAUUAUGGAGAAGCAAUAUGUGUGUCGUUCCCUCGUUGUUCUCACACCUUCCCGAUUUGCUGUGCAUUUGAUGGCAGAAAUAAAAAUCCAACUUCUGAUUUACUUAAAAGGAGAUUUUGGGGUUUCGGGGACAACGAGCAAGUGUGACUUGUUGAGUAUUGACUUUUGCACUUGAAAGAGUGUUUUUAACUUGGGUAUUUUCUUAUGAUGUACAAGAGGUUUGACUCUUAAAAUUGUGGUGUUUCCCUGUUUUUGUCUGUGUGUGUGUGUGUGAGAGAAAUGCGUUGUUGCUCCGUUCACAUCUGUCUACUUAUUCAGAAAUAUUAAAACCAAAUACUGACUUAAACUUCAACCUGCCGGUUUUGAGUGAACCGUGAACUGUAAACAUACCCUUUCCUGAGCUGACAUGAGAAGGCUUUCAAGGCAGCACAGCAUUUUCCCUCUUCUCAGAUUUACCCACCAUUCCAGAUGUUUGUAGUACUUUGGUGGUACGUUUCCAGUGUCACUCCAUGUUGUUCAGCACAUCAUAAGAUGUGGUGAUAUUGUCUUGUACCAAAAUGGUUUAAAUUCCCAAUCGUCUGCUACAUUCUGUUGUCUUGAAUCAGGCCCCUGUGCUGCCCCACCUUCAAACUAAAGUGUAUUCUGUUGGCUUUGUGCUCCAGCUGUCAAAGUGUCCAUAGCUUGGUGGGACAAUAACAAUCAUCAUGUUUCUCUAUGUGGGUUUCUAAAAUGUGAAUGGGUACGCUCUUGUUCUUAAGUAUGUCUGUAUUGGCCUUUCAUUUGUCUGAAGAUAAACUCACCACUAUAACUUCUGGGAAUAAAGUGUUUCUAUAUUUCA